GAGAUGGAGUGGGCAAAGGCGAGCGAGAAGGCGUGAGCGCGCGCGGUUGUCAACGGUGACUGACAAGAGAGAGAGAAGAGUGCAGUCCUUUCAGAGGCAACACUUUGUGACGGUGUCCACGAGCACAACCGGUGGCUUCCCCUUGUUUCUUCUUCAUAUGUUCAUUUAAACAUAUUUCGUGUGGACGUAGCCUGUUGGGGGAGCGAGGACGCGAGUGACACGGGGAUGUCUCCCCCGACAUCAGCGCAGCAAGCCAGAGGACUGCUAUCCUCCGUGGAUCUAUAUUCCGUGCGCGGGGCUACGCGGCGCUCGUAAAAAAGGAGGAAGAGAGAGAGAGUGAGAGAGAGCGAGAGGGAGAGAGAGAUUCGUCCAGAGGAGCCCGGUGACUCCUCGCUCUCGCUGCAUGCCGCACCGAGCGGAGGCGAGUCCCCGCAUUUUGAUCAGCGCGACGCGGGGAAGGGCUCGUCUCCUUCGCUUCUCCGGCGGACUUUCUUUGCGGAGCACUUUACUUCCACACGCCGUGGGGCGCACCGGGGCUCGCGCCUCUCGCGCAAAGGAUGUAAACCGGCUUUGACGCGGCUCUCGGCGUUUUUGGAGCGGACGGCAGGCUGCGGGACGAAAGGCCACAGAAAGGCUGUUUGGUCGUGGUUGUGUGUCCAAUGCGCCCAGGCAUUCAGCAGAAUAGCAAUUAGAUGCUGAGCCGCAGCGUGUGUUGUCAAAACUCAGGAUAAAAAAAGAGGAGCAUCGUGGAGAGAAAAGACUGCUCGAGGGAACAGACCUCACGAUGACUUUAGCCGUGUUUUCACCAUGAUUGGGACUGGAAUUGAAUGCAUAAAUUUUGAGAUUGCUGGGCUGAUCAACAGGUCUGAAGCGUAAGACGCAUUGGAGACCGAGGCACCCUCACUGAAAGGGAUGUAUCACUCCAUUUUCCCUUUCCUGCUCUUAUGGGCGCAAGCCCUGACGUUGAAAAACCUGAACUACUCCAUACCGGAGGAGAAGAUCCAGGGCGUGAUUGGGAACAUUGCCAAGGAUGCGGGGCUUGAGCUCGGGGAGCAGGGCAAAAAGUCCAACUUCAGGGUGCUGGAGAACUCGGCGCCGCACCUCAUUGACGUGGACCCUGAGAGCGGGCUGCUUUACACCAAGCAGAGGAUUGACAGGGAAACACUUUGCAAGCGGAACCCCAGGUGCCAGCUCUCGAUGGAGGUGUUCGCCAAUGACAAGGAAAUCUGCAUGAUUAAGGUGGAGAUACAGGACAUCAAUGACAACGCACCCAGCUUCCCUUCGGACCAGAUUGAUAUUGACAUUUCCGAGAAUGCGGCCCCAGGCACCCGUUUCCCCCUUGCUGCCGCGUACGAUCCCGACACUCGGGAAAACGGCCUUAAAACAUAUCAAAUCACACGAGAUGACUACAGCAUAUUUUCUUUGGAUGUGAAAUCCAGAGGAGAUGGUACUAAAUUCCCUGAGUUAGUUGUUCAGAGGUCCUUAGACAGAGAGGAACGCAGCCACCAUACCCUUAUCAUCACUGCCACAGAUGGAGGAGAAUAUCCCAAGUCAGGCACAAUGCAGAUUAAUGUGAAGGUAACUGAUUCAAAUGACAAUAGCCCCGUGUUUGAACAGCCCUCUUAUGUCGUGGAGAUCCCAGAGAACUCUCCACCUGGUACAGUAUUGAUAGAUUUAAAUGCGACUGACCCUGAUGAGGGAAGCAAUGGGCAGGUUACCUAUGCUUUCAGCUGCUAUGUCCCAGACAGGAUCAAAGAGUUGUUCUCAAUAGACCCCAGAACGGGUGUCAUAAAAAUUCAGGGAAAAAUCGACUACGAGGAAAACCCAAUUAUAGAGAUUGAUGUGCAGGCAAAGGAUCAAGGUCCAAACCCAAUUCCUGGCCAUUGUAAAGUCACUGUUAAGGUGCUUGAUAGGAAUGACAACUGGCCAUCAAUAGGCUUUGUGGCGGUGCGGCAGGGGGCAGUUAGUGAAGCAGCAACCCCAGGGACUGUUAUUGCUCUGGUGCGAGUCACAGACAAGGACUCGGGCCGCAAUGGGCAGCUUCAGUGUAGGAUCUUAGGCAACGUCCCUUUCAGGCUGGAGGAGAAUUCUGAUAACUUUUACACAGUGGUCACAGACAGACCGCUAGAUAGAGAGGUAAAGGAUGAAUACAACAUUACCAUUGUGGCCAAAGACAAUGGUAACCCUCCACUAAACUCUACCAAGUCUUUCACAGUCAAGAUUUUAGACGAGAAUGAUAACGCGCCCCGCUUCACAAAAAUGGUGUACCUCCUUCAGGUGCCAGAGAACAACAUCCCAGGGGAAUACUUAGGAUCAGUUUUGGCCCAUGACCCAGAUUUGGGCCAAAAUGGCACUGUCUCCUAUUCGCUGCUUCCUUCUAAUGUGAGUGAGGAGUCCAUAACCACGUACGUCAACAUUAAACCAACUGACGGAGCCAUUUAUGCCCUGAGAAGUUUCAACUAUGAGCAGACCAAAUAUUUUGAUUUUAAAGUCCAAGCAAAGGAUUCAGGUAACCCUCACCUGGAGAGCAACACCACAGUGCGUGUGAGUGUGCUGGAUGUCAACGACAACAUCCCUGUCAUCGUCCUGCCACUGCUGCAGAAUGACACGGCAGAGAUCCAUGUCCCACGGAACGUGGGUGUGGGCCACAUCAUCACCACGGUGAGAGCCGUGGACAAUGACUUUGGCGAAAGCGGCCGUCUCACCUACGAGAUCUCGGAUGGCAAUGAGGAACACCUGUUUGAGAUAGACUCGGUGACCGGCGAGGUGCGGACGGCUCAGCCGCUGUGGGAGGAAGUGUCGCCUGUGGUGGAACUCAUCAUCAAAGUGACAGACCACGGCAAGCCCACGCUCUCUGCCAUGGCCAAGCUUGUGGUGAAGGCCUACUCGGGCCCUCUGCCGGAGGGCGAGCCACGGAUCAACGCUGAGCAGCGCAGCUGGGACAUGUCUCUGCCGCUGAUCGUCACACUCAGCAUCAUCUCAGUCAUGCUGCUUGCCGCCAUGAUCGCCAUUGCUGUGAAGUGCAAGAGGGAGAACAAGGAGAUCCGCACCUACAACUGCCGCAUUGCUGAGUAUUCGCACCCACAGCUGGGCAAGAGCAAGAAGAAGAAGAUCAACAAGAACGACAUCAUGCUGGUGCAGAGCGAGGUGGAGGAGCGCGACACCAUGAACGUGAUGAAUGUGGUCAGCAGCCCCUCGUUGGCCACCUCGCCCAUGUACUUUGACUACCAGACACGCCUUCCCCUCAGCUCACCCAGGUCUGAGGUCAUGUACCUCAAACCCAGCGCCAACAACCUCAGCGUCCCUCAAGGACAUGUUGGCUGUCACACCAGCUUCACGGGGCCUGUGACUAGCACUACGGAGACGCCGGUUAACAGGAUGUCGAUAAUUCAGACCGACAGUUUCCCCGCUGAGCCCAAUUACAUGGGGAGCAGGCAGCAGUUUGUUCAAAGCAGUUCCACGUUUAAGGACCCGGAGAGGGCGAGCCUGAGGGACAGUGGGCAUGGGGACAGCGACCAGGCGGACAGCGAUCAGGACACCAAUAAAGGCUCCUGCUGUGACAUGUCCGCCAAGGAGGCGCUCAAGAUGAAAGCAACUGGGCUCAAGCCCCAGCCUCUUGAACAGGAAGAGGACUGUGUGAACUGCACGGAUGAGUGUCGGGUACUGGGUCACUCGGACCGCUGCUGGAUGCCCCAGUUCCCUGCUGCGGGCGGGGGAGGGGCAGGCGUCCCCCAGGCCGAGGGCUCAGACUACCGCACCAACCUGUUUGUUCCCGCUGGCAUGGAGGCCGUGGCUGUGGAGCCCGAGACUUAUGAAACGGUGGGCAACCCUAAUGGUAAGAAGACUUUCUGCACAUUCGGCAAGGAGCGGCGAGACCACACCAUCCUGGUGGCCAACGUCAAGCCUUACCUGAAGGCCAAGCGUGCCCUCAGCCCGUUGCUUCAGGAAGUGCCCUCGGCCUCAUGCAGCCCUACCAAAGGCUGCAACAGCGGCUCACCAUGCUCCUCAGCCAAAGGCGUGGCGGACGGAGCUGAGGGCAAGCCCAGCACCAGCCACUAUGGCGUCCCCGAUGGACAGUAUGCCUCACCCAACAAGCAGAGCAGAGAGCAGGGCUACUCGGACCCCGUGGCUAAAGUCCUGGCGGAGGCGCGCUCGCGGAUCAGCCAGGAGACAGCAGCCGAGAUGCAGGACUGCACGCUGGAGCAGGGCGGGGUCGAGUUAGGCCGGAGCGGUGCCAUGGACGCCGACCAAGUGGUCAGAGACAUCGAUAAACUGCUGCAGGACUGCAGGGGUAACGAGGCCACAUCGGUGAGAAAGUGAACAGGCUGAUGCUUCAGACUGCUAUGAAAAGAUGAAAAGGGAAAGAGGUAGGAGGGACAAGAAAGUGCGUCAGCUUCGGAAAACACUCUCUGAGAGAGUGGAGCGCACACGGGUCAGGCAGACAAGAACAAAAAAAGACGUCUGAUGAACAGUCCCAUUCA